UAUAUAUGUGUGUAUAUAUAUAUAUAUAUAUGCCCAGAUUUAGAACCAGCUUGUGCUAGAGAGACUUGAACCCAGAAAUGGCUCUGAAGAAGUUCAUCUACAAAACAAUUCUUCCAAGCUGUUUGAAGCCUCAUCAUCAUGAGAAGCCAUUGCCAGACCCAAAAAUCGUUCAGGUCUCCAAACCACUUUCUUCUCAACGCUUAUCGCUCUCCGAUAUAAGCUAUCCCGGAUCACCAAUCUCUGUAACUCUCAGUAAUCUAUCAGCCUCUCUCGUUGGCUCAAACUUGCUCAUCUUUACUCACAAGGAGCUCCAAUUGAUCACCCACAAGUUCUCCAAGAGUAAUUAUCUUGGUGAAGGUGGUUUUGGCACUGUGUAUAAGGGUUUCAUUGAUGAGAAGAUUAAGCCUGGACUGUUGAAGCCACAAUCUGUUGCUGUUAAGGUAUUGGACCUGGAUGGCUCUCAGGGAGACAUGGAGUGGCUGGCUGAAGUGAUCUUUCUUGGUCAAUUGAAACACCCCCAUCUCGUGAACUUGAUCGGUUAUUGCUGCGAGGAUGAACACCGGCUUCUGGUUUAUGAAUACAUGGAGCAGGGCAACCUGGAAACCAAGUUAUUCAAGGGGUAUUCUGCAACAUUGCCCUGGCUAACAAGAUUAAAGAUAGCAGUUGGAGCUGCAAAAGGGCUUGCUUUCCUCCACGAAGAAGAGAAGCCGGUCAUCUAUCGCGAUUUCAAGGCUUCCAACGUCUUGUUAGACUUGGAUUAUAAUGCUAAGCUAUCAGAUUUUGGACUGGCAACAGACGGUCCACAAGGCGAUGAAACCCACGUUACAACCAGGGUUAUGGGCACGCACGGCUAUGCUGCUCCUGAAUACAUAACAACCGGUCAUUUGACAACGAUCAGCGAUGUUUACAGCUUUGGGGUAGUGCUUCUAGAGCUACUAACCGGUAGGAGGUCAAUGGACAAGAGCCGUCCUGGUAGAGAACAGAACCUGGUAGCAUGGGGAAGGCCUCUAUUGAAGGACCCUCAUAAGCUUGACAACAUAUUAAUGGACCCAAGGCUUGAAGGGCAGUACUCGACAGAGGCGGCUAGGAAGGCUGCAGCAUUGGCAUACCAAUGCUUGAGCCACCACCCCAAGUGUAGACCCACCAUGACUACUGUGGUCAAGACCUUGGAGCCUCUCCUGGACUUAAAGGACAUCCCAGUUGGACCCUUUGUGUACAUUGUUCCUAGUGAAGCCAAAGAUGAGAAUAAUGUCCACAAAGUUGAAAAUGUACACAACAGAGCAAACUGUGGAAACAGAGAAGAUGAAGAAGAGAAGGAGAAGAAAGAGAGGGUUCAUCGUCGUCACCGGAGGGGUCACAGACAUAGACGUCGAGCUCAGUCAUUGAAGUCCCGGGCCGUCUACUCUGAUACACACUUAUAUGAAUCUCUUGGAACAAAUCUGUACUCUCUUGAUCCAAUGUGACUAAGUAAACCUUAUUUUCUUUUAUUAUUGAUUGGGAUAUCUUAAUUAAACUUUUUUGUUUUGAAUUUGCUUUAAAUUUUGUAAAAAUUCCAUAAAUUUCUAUAGAUUUUAUCCUGCAAACAGUAUUUUCUA